ACGGUGGAGCUUUUCUGGAGAAAGAGCGCGACCCCACAGGCCAGCAGACAGUGCCUCCAUUAGUGUUAGGUGCGGGGCUAGUAACAGUGUUAUGUCCGUCCUCUUCCGCACUUCACCUUACGAUACAUCACCACCCCCCCUGUGGCCCAGCCAAGACGGGAAAAUAGCGAGUGCGGCUGAAACAAAUGUCAGUUUGAACGGCGAUUCAAUAUUGACGGAUCACUUCCCACCCGAGAUGAUGGCGCGCAUUGCCGUGGGCCAGUUGACCUCCACGGCCAACAUCACGCACAACCUCGCCCAGUGCCGAGUCCUCGUCAAGAAAGCACUCCAAGCAGGCGCCAAGGCCCUCUUCCUCCCCGAGGCGAGCGACUACAUCGCCAACUCCGGCGAGGAGACCGUGCGUCUCGCGCGGCCGGUGCACGAGAGCGAGUUCGUCCGCGGCCUGCGCGAGGAGGCCCGCCGCGAGCGGCUGCCCAUCCACGUGGGCGUCCACGAGCCGGGCCUCGACACCCAGCGCGUCAAGAACACGGUCCUGUGGAUCGACGAGCGCGGCGAGAUCGCCCACCGGUACCAGAAGAUCCACCUCUUUGAUGUCGAGAUCAAGGACGGGCCCGUGCUGAGGGAGAGCAAGUCCGUCGAGCCAGGCAGCGAGAUCGUGCCUCCGUUUGAGACGCCGAUUGGCAGAGUUGGCUCGGCGAUAUGUUUUGAUCUCCGGUUCCCCGAGAUCGGCCUCGCACUGAGACGCCAGGGGGCCGACCUGAUCACGUUCCCGUCCGCAUUCACCGUCCCCACGGGGAAAGCCCACUGGGAGACACUCCUGCGAGCGCGAGCGAUCGAGACGCAGUGCUACGUUGUUGCUGCUGCGCAGGUGGGGAGACACAGCGAGAAGCGCGUGAGCUAUGGCCACAGCAUGAUUGUCGACCCAUGGGGCGCGGUCUUGGCCGAGCUGGGAGACAAGAGCGACGAGCCCGAGGUCGCUACCGCCGAGAUAGAUACCGACCUCUUGCGCAAGGUCAGGAGGGAAAUGCCGCUCCACAGACGCACUGACGUGUAUCCGGAGGUUUAGGUCCAGGUCUCUGAGAGAUCAUUCGCGAGUUGGAUCAGCAUCCCGAAUCUACCUUCAGAAGCUUAUGCACUCUACCCACACGCUGCUACCUCCCCAAGGCCUACCGUGAUACGAUGGAUGGACAAGCUCGCGCAUCGACAUCGACAGUCGGAUUCCUGUCUCUAUCGUCUUUCGAGUCUACCAUUCGUCAAAAGCUGAUUCUGUGACGGUUGAGCCUGGGUCGCAUCGCGUUUUCGCUGCAGGCGUCAAGUUCCAUUCCGAGGUGGUCAAGAGGAAGUUUCGGACGCCGAGCUUCUCUUCCACCGACGCCGUUUUAUUGCACUUUCUGCCUCCUCAAGCGCGCCUAUUACGUCUCGUCGUCUGAAUGCCGCUCCCCCGAGGGUUGGGGUUCAACCGCGACCCUACAUACAUCUUGGUUUCCGCUCGGACUUGAAUCGUCGUUGCAUAGAUCUUGUGUCUCCGGCACGGACCCCGCAGCGGGCUCUCUUGCGGGUUACGGCCUCCGUGGUCCGGUUCCGGGAUAAAUACGGGAUAUUAUUACAUCCAGCCACUGAUGCCGUGUUUCAUUUAAUUCCCCCGGUUGACCAUUGGUUGUCAAAUUAGAAUACCAGUCGGGCGGUCGCCGCGGCGUAAGAUGUCCCUCAAACUGUCACCACGCCCAUCCGGC